GCAAGGUUUGUUCCACCACCUUUCCAGCAUUGAGUAUCGUCAGGCCGAUGACAAUGCCGAUCCAGAUGCUGCUGGUGGCUUCGAGAGAGCAGUCCAUGGUAUGCCAGGCUCGUGUUGCCAUAAAGAAUGUAGAAAGAUAGGUAAAGCUCAGUGUCUCUGUCUCGUGUCAUUGACGUAGAGCCAGGAAUAGCCUAGCAGAGUAUAUGGAUAUGUUCAAUUAUUUAUCAUUUCCCCCCCAGAUGCACUGUAUUUCAUAAUGAAAAUGCUACCCGCUGUAUCUAUUAAGACUGUGUCGGAUAGUUCCGUUAGAGUUCAACAACAUGGCUUGGCCGUAAGGGGGAUCAUCGCAGUAACUAUCAACCUAUGGCCAAUCUUCCUAAUAGGACUUUUCUCGUGGAUCGACUCUGCUUUCUUCUUCGCUCGCUUUAGACGAGGUUAGUGCGACAGCUUGGCUUGACCCGAAGUCGGGCCCAAUUUGGUUGAUUGGAAAGGGAGGUUCCGUGGCG